GAACGAAAAUAACAAAACAAAAUCACUCAUUCACCUUGCGAUCUCUCUCCUCCUUGUUCGAGUCAAAAACCCCAUUUAACUCAAACACCGAAACGAUCGUGAAGUGUGGAGUGGAGUGAAUCCAAAGCUGAGAGUAUAUUUGUAUCUAUCUCAAGUCUGAACAACACAGAGAAUUGAGUUAUGUUAGUUCUCCACUUUUAGUGAGAGAAAAACUGGGUAUACCAACCGCGAGGUGAUUUUAUACACUAAGCCCUAAUAGUGUGAUACCGUACGCGCGCGUUACAAAAGUACUGGCCCCCUGACUUCUUUCUCUAAGAUAUAUUCGCGUGAUUCAGUUUUUUUCUGUUUUUGUGGUUAGAUGCAAUAAAAUUGAGAAAAUAAAUCUAAAAAUCUAUCUAAUUACAAUAAUUUUGUGUUCAUUGCACUCUUUUCCAUAAUCCAAAGUGUGCAUUGUGGUCACAUCACAUCGCAUUGCCAUUGCACACGACUUAUAUAGUUCCAUUUUAUGUGUUUUUCUUUUUUGAGAUACAAAAGUAUCUAUAAUAAAGUAGUGUGUUGUACACAUAUGUAGCUACGUUUUGUGUAGAUAUUUAAAAAAAAAAAAGUGAAUCAUAAUCACAAUAUUCACAAGUGUGAAAUAUACAAAAGCAAGAAAAUAAAAAGAAAUAAAUAAGAAGAGAAAAAGCAGAAGAAAAAGAAGCAAUACAAAAAAUAAGUGUAUAUUUAUCUUGAGUGGCGGAGACCGUGAAUGAGUGAAGUUUCAAGUGCUUUUAAAAUAUUACAAGAAAACGGCCUCAGGAUAGCGGAUAAUCAGCAAAAACCCCUUUCAAUCAUAUCACAGCAUUUAGAAGACGGUAUUGUAGGAGCCGGCGCCAUAACGUCGCGGUGGACACCUGUAGGUGCCGGUCCCCCAGGUCCAUUGGGACCGGCAGACACAAAUGGCAGUAUGGCGGAUGCCAAAAAUUUAGACGUCGGAGAUAUGAGUGACGACGAAAAAGAUCUCUCAUCAGCUGAUGCCGAAGGUGUCUGGAGUCCUGAUAUCGAACAGAGUUUUCAAGAAGCCUUAACAAUAUACCCACCAUGUGGCCGAAGAAAAAUCAUUCUCUCCGACGAGGGAAAGAUGUACGGACGAAAUGAACUCAUAGCACGAUAUAUUAAACUUCGCACAGGAAAAACGAGAACACGAAAGCAAGUUAGUUCACAUAUUCAAGUGCUGGCCCGACGAAAACUGCGAGAAAUCCAAGCUAAGCUUAAAGUAGAUCAUAUAGGUAGCAGUAUUGGGGGCAAGGACAAAUCUCUUCACACAAUGUCCUCUAUGUCAAGUUCGCAAAUAGUUUCUGUAACAGCGGCGAAAAAUUUUGCAGCACUUCAUCAAUCAGCGUCCGCCCAACACCACCCGCAUCAUCAAUUGCCACAAAUUCCAACUUUGGCACAACUCGACCAGCAGCAACAACAGCACCAACAACACCACCUGCAACAAUCGCAACUUCAUACGCACCAUUUACACCACCCACUACACCAUCCGCCGAUGUAUCCUGGUCAAUUCUGGCAGCCGGGUCUACAGCCAAGCACUUCACAAGAAGAAUAUCUUUCCAGCAUAAAGCCAUUUACACAACCACCAUAUCCCGCCGGAAAACCAUCAACAGCUGUGUCUGGUGAAAUAGAAGCAGGUCUUCCACCAGCCCAGCCACCAUGGGAGGGCAGAGCGAUAGCGACGCACAAAUUCCGACUACUUGAAUUCUCCGCGUUUAUGGAAAUCCAAAGAGAAGAAAUUUAUCACCGGCAUCUUUUCGUACAACUUGGAGGAAAACCGUCCUACACAGAUCCCUUACUUGAGUCCGUUGACAUUCGGCAAAUAUCAGACAAAUUUCCUGAAAAAAGUGGCGGUCUUAAAGAUCUCUAUGAAAAGGGCCCGCAAAAUGCUUUUUACUUGGUAAAAUGUUGGGCAGAUCUAAAUACCGAAAUUUCAGGAGAGGCUGGUGUUUUCUAUGGUGUAACUAGCCAAUUUGAAAGCAAUGAAAAUGUCGUCCUUAUUUGUUCAACAAAAGUGUGUUCGUUUGGCAGUCAAGUUGUGGAAAAAGUCGAAACAGAAUAUUCCCGCCUUGAGAAUGGCCGCUUUGUCUAUCGCAUACAAAAAUCACCCAUGUGCGAAUAUAUGAUCAACUUUAUACAAAAACUGAAGAACCUGCCCGAAAGAUACAUGAUGAACAGUGUCCUAGAAAACUUCACAAUUUUACAGGUUAUUGCGUCGCGUGACACACAAGAAACACUACUUUGCAUAGCAUACGUGUUUGAAGUGGCGGCCCAAAAUAGUGGUGCAACACAUCAUAUCUAUCGGUUGAUAAAAGAAUAGCAUGAGCUUCUACCUUUGGCCACCAGGAGCAAUAGCAGCAGUAACCUUAAUGAGAACAAUAAUAAUAAUAAUAGCUUAAGUUUAAGCCACAAUAAUAACAGUAGUAGCAGUGGUAACAAUAAUAACAACAACAA